GAUAAGUGGGCAGUCCUUGUUUCUGGAGAACCGCAGACACACUUGGAUACUUCUUGCAGAAAUCAGUUAAACAGUCUUCUCUGAGGCUCAGGACCCCAUUCCGGAUGCAAGCUGCUGACCAGACCCUGGCUGCCCACGGCCAUGGCCAACAGGACCAACACAUCUGCCCCGUACUACAGCUAUGAGUACUACCUGGACUACCUGGACCUCAUUCCCGUGGAUGAAAAAAAGCUGAAAGCCAACAAAUAUUCCAUUGUGAUUGCCUUCUGGGUGGGCCUGGCUGCUUUCGUGAUGCUCCUCUUCCUCAUUCUGCUCUGCACGUCCUGCCCAGGCUCCUCGCAGAUGAGGAAUGGCCCCCAGCGCCAGGCGUGCCCGCAGAGGAGUCCCUGCCUCAGCCUCCCGCUCUGCCUCCGGAGGGCCUCGCAGGGGACCGCGGAGGAGCCGGCAGGCGGCGCGGGCGCGGACCGGCAGCUGUAGAAGGCGCCUCUCCGCCUCACAUCCCCUGCUCUCCUCCGGGACAGCCCGAGCCGGCGCGGUGCUCAGGACCUCAGCGGCCGGCAGAACAAGCUCGGCAGGCCUGGAGACACGAGCGGCGGCGGGGGACUGGUGACAGCAAGCCGCGCGGGCGGGUUCAUCAUUCUCAAGCCCGUUUCCACGUCUCCGCGCGGCCAAGUCAAAAAGGACAGCACGAGGAGGUGCGCGGCCCGCCUUGGCCGAAGGCUUGCGCAGGGCCAGCUUCCCGGCCUUGCCGCCUCCGUAGCGCGCUGCUUCUGUCUGCCUUGGGAGGAGCAGGGAAAUAAAGUACGUGCUACGUGAAUUAUAA